CGGUAGUGUCGUGUAAGUGUCUUCUUUCCAAUGGUAAAUCGUAAUGGUUCUUCCCUUGGAGGAACUAAAGUAAGCUUAAAGGAAUACGAUCUAUUAGGGGCACUCAAGAUAACGUUUCAGGAAUCGAAAACCCAGUACAUCGCGACGAGCGAAGACGGUUUUCCGGCGUUCGGUUUAAAAGCCGGCUCCGAUGUCAAAUCUCCAUAUCGUCUCUUCCUUCCCGAAAAACUUUUUCCCGAAUUUUCAAUUCUUGCACGAGUCCAACCUACUACUCGUAGAGGCGGUUAUUUAUUCGCAGUAGUUAACCCUCUUGAUACCGUUGUUCAAUUGGGCAUUAAGCUCUCACCCGCCGGUCCUGGGACUAACAUAUCGUUAAUUUACACACAUCCUAGUCAAUUUCCAACUCAAGUUUUGGCCGAAUUUAUUACCGAGAAAUUCGUUCACAAUUGGUUUAAAUUCGCCUUUCAAGUUUUUAGCGAUAACGUCACCCUGUACCUUAAUUGUAAAAAAUUCGGCAGCGUUAACAUAAAACGCGAACGUCCGCAGCUGGUUUUCGAUUCCGCUUCGACACUUUACAUCGGACAAGCUGGGCCCAUCAUUAAAGAUCCGUUCGAGACAGUGGUCAAAGGUAUUCUUGUAUUUCAUGCUAUAACUGGUUUCGACACUACUUCCUACUUUGCUGGCAUUGGAAAACAAAGAGCUUUCGGAGUAUUCAAAAAGUACGCCGCCUUGCUCAUUGGACUAGGUGUUCAUCCUCUUUCAGAAGAUACUUUAAAACGAUGUGAGGAAUUUAUGUCUCUAACUUGGUACACUGCUGAUAGAGCUUCCCAAACUCUUCCUCCUGUAAAGGAGUAUGGUUGGAAUAAUGAUGGUGAUCGCUUGCAACCAAUUCUCCAAACCUUGGAAGCCGUGCCAAAAGCAUGCCAAAACAGUUGCGGAGGCAUUAUUAGUAUGCGAACAUCGAAUUAUUUCACAAAUUUAAAAUCGGGCAAACUUCUAGAAAGUCCCGAAAAACAAAGGCAAUGUAAGAAACCCGUUAGCAAUGUUGAUGGUUUCAUACAAGCAGCGAUUCGAAAGAAACCUCUAAAACGAUAUGCUUCUGAUGAGAUGGCGUUAGAAAAUGAGGAAUUCAAACAAACCAUUGAUGCAGUUACACCUUAUAUGUGGAAACGCACUGGAUAG